AUGUGGCUUUCUGAAGUACAAAAAAUUGGAAUUGGUGUAACAAGUUUGGGGCUGCUCUUUAUGAUAUUGGGAGUAAUCAUGUUGUUUGACGGCCCUUUAUUGUCCCUUGGAAAUAUAUUGUCUGUGUCAGGCGUAUUCAUGAUUGUAGGACCGGCCAAAUCAGCAAACUUCUUUUUAAGAAAAGAAAGAAUGGUGGGAACCUUGAGCUUUGUAGGUGGAUUUCUGCUCACUAUUCUACGCUUUCCUAUCAUUGGUUUCUUUCUUGAAUGCCUGGGCUUCUUUAACCUAUUCCGGGUCUUUUAUCCCAUUAUAAUUACCUUUCUGAGAUCUUUGCCUUAUAUUGGACCUUUUAUUGAUCGCUUGACUUCUUACCAGCAAAGUCCUGUGUAA